AUGUCUCCUUCAACGCUGGAUGCAGCUGAAGUCCAAUGGCAAACUCAACUUGCUGCUAUGAAAAAUGCUUUGGCAGAGUUGAAUUUGCCUCCCAAAUCUUCAAACAGCGAAGCUAAAUCAUAUGAUAUUGAUAUUGAUGUCGAUUUCGACGAUGAUGACGAAUUUACUUCUGGAAAUAGCGGAGAUGAUGUCUGGGAUUUCAUCAGUGAUGAUGAUGAGGAUAUGUACGUCAGUGAUAUCAACGACGAAUUCCCUAGUCUUUCGGACUCCGCUGGUGCAGGCACCUAUGGACCUCAGUGGUUGAAGAGCAAAUGUAUGGAAAUUGCUCAGAGGAAGCAGGGACUUUCAGGGAACGACCUCCAGGAACAAAUCUUGGCAAUCUUGGCUUCUGAUAGUGGAGAGGAAGAGCUUCAGUCUACUUUGAUUGACAUGAUCGGUUUUGAUGACAUCGAUUUCGCUAUUGAAGUUAUUUCUCAUAGGAAAGAUAUCAACUCUGCCUCACGUUCCGCGGGGCCUAGGGAUGAUGGUAUUUUUACUGGGAAGUUACAGACGAGAAGGGAGCGAGAAGCAGCUUUAAGACAAAGGGAUUAUGAGCAUAAGCAUGCUACGUUAGGACCUGCACUAAACCGAGACGAAGAGAGAUAUCCUCAUGUGUAUAAAUCGCAUCAUGCCGGUAAUAUCCUGGAUGCGAGAGGGAAAAAGUAUGCUCUACCAAUGGGUAGUGAGAGAACGGAACACGAGAGAUACUCAGAGUAUACUAUUCCUGCUGGGAAAGUUGGAACGCUGGGUGUAGGUCGAAGACUAAUCGAAAUCUCCGAGAUGGACAAUCUUUGCAAGAAAACUUUCAAGGGUUACAAGACCCUUAAUCGCAUGCAGAGCUUGGUAUAUCCAGUGGCAUACAAAACCAGCGAGAAUAUGUUGAUUUGUGCUCCCACUGGUGCUGGUAAAACCGAUGCAGCAAUGCUUACGAUACUUCACGCUAUUGGAAUGAACCUGUCGCCACACCCAUCAGAGGUUCCUGAAUGCUCCGAUUUCGUGGUCAAUUUUGAGGACUUCAAAAUCGUUUAUGUUGCCCCAAUGAAAGCCUUGGCAGCCGAAAUCACACAAAAGCUAGGUAGUCGUCUAGCUUGGCUUGGUAUACAGGUUCGCGAAUUUACUGGCGAUAUGCAUCUUACGAAGAAAGAAAUUGUUCAAACCCAAAUCAUCGUCACAACUCCUGAAAAAUGGGAUGUAGUCACUCGAAAAGGCACUGGCGAUACAGAAUUGGUUCAGAAGGUUCGACUUUUGAUUAUCGAUGAAGUCCAUAUGCUUCAUGACGAUAGAGGCUCUGUCCUGGAAUCUUUGGUUGCACGUACUGAACGUCAAGUUGAGAGCACCCAAUCUCUCAUUCGUAUUGUGGGACUCUCUGCUACUCUUCCUAAUUAUAUCGAUGUGGCCGACUUCCUUAAAGUCAAUCGUUAUGCAGGUCUAUUCUACUUCGACGCCAGCUUCAGACCUGUACCUCUUGAGCAGCAUUUUAUUGGUGUCAAAGGAAAGGCUGGAACCCGACAGUCUCGAGAGAACAUCGAUACAACCGCUUUCGAAAAAGUUCGAGACAUGUUGGAACAAAAUCAUCAAGUCAUGGUAUUCGUUCAUUCCAGGAAGGAUACCUUCAAUACUGCUAAGAUGCUGUUUGAAAAAGCUAUAGAGCAAGUUUGUGUGGACUUGUUCGAUCCUUCUAAUCAUCCUCAAUACGAAGCAGCUGUAAAGGAUAUGAAGAGUUCACGGGGUCGUGAACUUAGGGAGUUACUACCGAAGGGUAUCGGUAUUCAUCAUGCAGGUAUGGCUCGUUCGGACAGAAACCUAAUGGAGAGGUUGUUUGGAAGUGGUGUCCUCAAAGUUCUUUGUUGUACUGCUACAUUGGCAUGGGGUGUCAAUCUGCCAGCGGCGGCAGUAGUCAUCAAAGGUACACAAGUUUACAGUGCCCAAGAAGGUAAAUUUGUUGACCUAGGUAUAUUGGACGUCCUCCAGAUCUUUGGUCGUGCUGGUAGACCACAGUUUCAGGACACUGGUAUUGGUAUGAUCUGCACGACAGCAGAUAAGCUUGAUCAUUAUCUCCAAGCUGUCACCUCGCAAGUUCCUAUCGAGUCUCGAUUCUCCAAGCAUCUUGUUGACAAUUUGAAUGCCGAGAUCGGUUUGGGAACAGUUACAUCAAUUCCCGAAGCAGUCACAUGGCUUGGAUACUCCUAUUUGUUUGUUCGAAUGAAGAGGGAUCCUCUGACUUAUGGUAUUGAUUGGGCUGAGGCUCGCGAUGAUCCGAACUUGGUACAACGUCGACGACAACUCUGCAUUCAAGCAGCCAAGACACUUCAACAAAGUCAAAUGAUCAUCUUCAAUGAAACCACCGAAGAGCUAAGAAGUAAGGACGUUGGACGUAUUGCUAGUCAAUUUUAUGUCCUGCACACCAGUAUUCAGAUAUUUAACACCAUGAUGCAACCUCAAUCAUCCGAAGCCGAUGUUCUCACUAUGAUUGCUAUGAGUGGAGAGUUUGAUCAGAUUCAAUCAAGAGAUAGCGAGUCAAAAGAACUGACCAGUUUGAGAGAGGACUUUUCUCCGUGUCAAGUGAAAGGUGGAACUGAUUCUUCACAUGCCAAGACGAAUAUUCUCUUGCAAUCUUACAUAUCUCGAGCGCACCUUGAGGACUUUGCUCUGGCCAAUGACACAAACUAUGUUGCUCAGCAAUCUGCUAGAAUAUGUCGUGCGUUAUUUAUGAUAGCCCUCAAUCGUCGUUGGGGCCAUCAAUGUCUCGUGCUUCUCUCGCUAUGCAAGUCAAUUGAGAAGAGAAUUUGGCCAUUUCAGCAUCCCCUUCAUCAAUUCGAGCUAGCCAAGCCAAUCCUAAAUCAGCUUGAUGCCAAGGAAAAUCUUUCUAUUGAAACUCUCAAAGACAUGGACGCAGCCGAAAUUGGUGCCAUGGUACACAAUCCUGGUGCUGGAAGGACGAUCUCAAAGAUUCUCGACAAUUUUCCCACACUCAGCGUUGAAGCCGAGAUCGCGCCUCUGAAUAGAGAUGUAUUGAGAAUUCGUCUUUACCUUACGCCCGAAUUCAAAUGGAACGAUCGUCAUAAUGGUACAUCGGAAAGUUAUUGGAUCUGGGUUGAGAACUCCGAAACCUCUGAAAUAUACCAUCAUGAGUUCUUCAUUCUCAAUCGAAAGAAGUUACAUGACGACCACGAGCUCAGCUUCACUAUACCAUUAUCAGACCCACUCCCUACACAAAUAUAUGUGAGAGCUGUUUCUGAUAGAUGGCUAGGUGCAGAAACGGUGUACCCGAUUUCGUUCCAACAUUUAAUCAGACCUGACACCGAGAGUGUUUAUACCGAUCUUUUAAACCUCCAACCUUUGCCCAUCACUGCUCUCAAGAACCCAGCUUUGGAGGAAAUCUACGGCAAGCGUUUCCAAUUUUUCAAUCCCAUGCAGACACAGAUCUUUCAUACGCUCUAUCACACGCCAGCAAAUGUUCUUCUUGGGUCACCGACAGGUUCUGGAAAAACCAUUGCUUGUGAAUUGGCUAUGUGGUGGGCAUUCAGAGAGAAACCUGGUUCUAAAAUUGUCUACAUCGCUCCCAUGAAAGCACUGGUGCGUGAGCGAGUUAAGGAUUGGGGAGCUCGCUUAACUAGACAAAUGGGCUUAAAGCUGGUUGAAUUGACUGGUGACAAUACGCCUGAUACACGGACCAUUCGAGAUGCGGACAUCAUUAUUACUACUCCAGAAAAGUGGGAUGGUAUUAGUCGUUCGUGGACCACACGAGGUUAUGUAAGACAAGUUAGUUUGGUUAUCAUCGAUGAAAUCCAUCUGCUUGGUGGAGAUCGUGGUCCUAUUUUGGAGAUCAUUGUCUCUCGUAUGAAUUACAUUGCAACUCAGACCAAUAGCUCGGUCAGACUUAUGGGCAUGUCGACUGCAUGCGCCAACGCUAUGGACUUAGGGAACUGGCUUGGCGUCAAGGAAGGUCUGUUCAAUUUCAGACAUUCCGUCCGACCUGUUCCAUUGGAGAUUUUCAUCGAUGGAUUCCCAGAAGUUCGAGGCUUUAGUCCUCUAAUGCAGUCUAUGAAUAGACCGACUUUCUUGGCCAUUAAGACCCACAGUCCAGAUAAACCAGUUAUUGUCUUUGUUGCUUCUCGAAGACAAACACGCUUGACAGCUAAAGAUUUGAUUAACUUCUGUGGCAUGGAGGAUAACCCUCGUCGAUUCGUCAAGAUGUCUGAGGAAGACCUCCAAUUGAAUCUUGCCCGAGUCAAAGAUGAUGCUUUGAAAGAAGCUUUAAGUUUUGGCAUCGGCCUGCAUCAUGCAGGUUUGGUGGAAUCCGAUCGUUCCCUUGCCGAAGAACUAUUUGCCAAUAACAAGAUUCAAAUCCUCGUCGCAACAUCCACUUUAGCAUGGGGUGUUAAUCUUCCAGCUCAUCUAGUUGUCGUGAAGGGUACUCAGUUCUUCGAUGCCAAGAUUGAAGGAUAUAAAGACAUGGACUUGACGGAUGUUCUACAAAUGUUGGGUCGUGCUGGACGUCCUCAAUUCGAUACUUCAGGAAUUGCUCGUAUCUUCACUCAAGAUUCCAAGAAAGCAUUCUACAAACAUUUCCUACAUACAGGUUUUCCAGUCGAAUCAUCUCUCCACAACGUCCUAGACAACCAUCUUGGCGCCGAAGUAUCCGCAGAAACAAUCACCACCAAACAAGACGCUUUAGACUAUCUAACCUGGACUUUCUUCUUCCGUCGUCUUCACAAAAACCCCUCAUAUUACGGCCUCGAAAUCUCGGCUGAAGAACACAAUACCAUCACCGCUCAACAAAUGGCCAAUGACUACAUGAUUUCUAUGGUUGACAAAUCGUUGGCCGAACUCGCCGAAUCUAAAUGUCUCGAGAUCUAUCCUAACGGCAAUAUCGAUUCUACCCCCCUCGGAAAAAUCAUGUCCUACUAUUACCUAUCCCACAAAACCAUUCGUCACCUCGUUACCCACGCUAAACCCAACGCCUCGUUCCGCGAUGUGCUUUCUUGGAUGUCCUCAGCAACCGAAUACGAUGAGCUCCCGGUCCGCCACAACGAAGAUCUCAUCAAUAUCGAACUCUCCAAGAACUUGCCUCUCCCAGCAGACGCAGCACAUUUCAACGGUCUUCCCAUGUGGGAUCCUCACGUGAAAGCUUUCCUGCUACUCCAAGCUCAUAUGAGUAGAAUCGACCUACCUAUCUCCGAUUACGUAGGUGAUCAAACCAGUGUUCUCGAUCAAGCCAUCCGUAUUAUACAAGCUAGUAUCGAUGUUCUCACCGAGUUAGGAUAUCUCUCAAGUGUCAUCCAAAUGAUCACCCUACUUCAAUGUAUCAAAUCAGCCCGUUGGCCCGAAGACCACGCAUUAUCUAUCUUCCCCGGUAUCCCCGCCGAUUUCAACCCUACGUUUGACUCGAGUGGUAAACAAGAUAUUAUACCCAGCUCCCUCCAACAAUUCUCAGCACUACCUCAACACGCCUAUCAAAAUCUUAAGAAUGCUCUACAAAUACCCGUCAGAACCUUGCAGGCAUUUGAAAAAGCAGCAAAUAUGAUACCGAAUUUGAGAAUCGAGGUGCAGAAUGUUACGGCAUUGAAAAUGGAUGUUAUGAUCAGGAGAAUCAAUGGCUUAGUCGAUAAAGAGGGGAAAAUGUACGCGCCCAGAUUUCCAAAGAGUCAGAAUGAGGGGUGGUUUGUGCUUUUGUGUAAAAAGGGUAGUGAUGAAGUGGCUGCCAUUAAACGCGUGGGAUGGAGUGCUCCGAAGGGUAAAAAUGCUGGAAAUGGUGGGAAUGGAGGUGAAGAGGGGAAAGCAAGUAAUGCAAUAAUAGGCAUAGGUGUUAAACCACAAGCAAGAGCAACACUUAAAUUUCCGGGGACGGAACAGGGUGAGGAGGGUAAUAUACAGGAUGGCAGGGUGUACGAUGUGUGGGUUGUUAGUGAUGGGUAUAGGGGGGUUUGUUUUAAGGUUGAGGGGGUACAGGUGCCGGAUGUUAUGAGGGUUGAUGUUGGGGAUGAGGGGAAGGGGAAGGGGAAGGGGGUGGGAGAGGGAGAAGGGAAAUAG